UCAUUCAACUCCUUAGGAAACACACAGCAAGCAUCUGUUUUCCUCUCUUCAUUUUCUCUUGUUCUGUGCUCAAUCUCCCCCUUCUUACUUCAGCUAACAACUUAAGCUUCAAAAUGGAAGGGAAAAGCCGAUUUGGAAAUUUUUUGGAGACGGCAAAGCCUUACAUAGCCAUGAUCUCAUUGCAAUUCGGAUAUGCUGGAAUGAACAUCAUAACCAAAGUGUCUCUGAACAGAGGAAUGAGCCACUAUGUGCUUGUUGUCUACAGACAUGCCUUUGCAACUGCAGUUAUUGCUCCCUUUGCUAUUGUUCUCGAGAGGAAAAUUAGGCCAAAGAUAUCUUUCUCUAUCUUCAUGCAGAUAUUCGUGUUGGGGCUGCUUGGACCGGUGAUUGAUCAGAACUUCUACUAUGCGGGACUCAAAUUCACAUCUCCUACCUUUUCAUGUGCAAUGAGCAAUAUGCUGCCUGCAAUGACCUUUGUCAUGGCAGUUCUCUGUCGGAUGGAGAUAUUAGAUAUGAAGAAAAUAAGAUGCCAGGCAAAAGUACUAGGAACCGCGGUGACAGUAGCAGGGGCUAUGCUGAUGACAUUAUACAAAGGAGAAGUUGUUAAUAUGUUUUGGUCCAAAUACAUUCAUCCAUCAACCUAUGAACCUACCACCACUGCUGUUGAUGCUGACAAAGAUUGGGUUAAAGGCUCCAUUCUACUCAUCAUUGCCACCUUUGCUUGGGCUUCCUUCUUCAUCCUUCAGAAUGUUACAAUGAGGAGGUACACGGCUCCCAUGUCGCUGACAUGCCUGGUGUGCUUCAUGGGAACUCUUCAAUCCAUUGUAGUCACUUUUGUCAUGGAACAUAAACCAGAUGUUUGGACUAUUGGCUUUGACAUGAACCUUCUUGCUGCUGCCUAUGCUGGAAUAAUAUCAUCAAGCGUUGCAUACUAUGUCCAAGGGCUGGUGAUGGAGAAAAGAGGGCCAGUUUUUGUAACAGCAUUUAGUCCAUUGAUGAUGAUCAUAGUCGCGAUCAUGGGCUCUUUCAUUCUUGCAGAAAAAAUCUAUCUUGGAGGAAUUCUUGGCGCCAUACUAAUAGUGAUGGGACUAUACUCUGUCCUCUGGGGAAAGUACAAGGAAUACAAAGACAAAGAAGAGGAGGACAUAAUCGAAGCCGUGAAGGACGUAAGAAACCAGAUGAUGAUUGGAGGCAAAGACAUCGAGGCCAAUGAGGUUGAAUUGCAGAAGAAUGCUGAACCAGCCAUGGCCCCGACAUUCGCGAUUAGUGCACCAGUUGCUGCACCCCCUAUGCUAGCUGUGGAAGCAAGGAGGCCCUGAAGUUGCACAAGAUGAAAGAAUGGGAAUUUACCAAAGAAAUGAAAUAACUAAUUAUACAUUGUACUUUAAGAUUAAUGUGCAUGGCUUUGGAAUGGAGGAGAGGUUGAUCAUAAGAUCAUAGAGGCUCUUUUGAGUACCAUUAAGUCUUGGCAAUUUUCAUCCCUUCCAUUUUGCUUUUUGGUAGGUACUAGGAUCUUUUGUUCUUGUCUUUUGUUUUAAGCUCAUAAUAAUAAUACCAGAGGAAUAAAUUCCUACUUUUGCUUCAUCAAA